CAUCAGGGUGCCGACAGCGGAGCCAUGGCCGAGGAGCAGCGGGACCUCAUCUCUGACCGUGGCAGCGGCGUGCUCAACGUCAGGGACACCCAGAGUUCUGCGUUGGGCCGCAGAGCCGCCCUCUCCUCGCUCUCCAUCCUGGUGGCCCUGCUGAUCGCCGGCCAGGCUGUCACCAUCUACUUCGUCUACCAGCAGAGCGGGCAGAUCAGCAAGCUGACCAAGACCUCGCAGACCCUGCAGCUGGAGGCACUGCAGAGGAAGCUGCCCGCCAGUGCCAAGCCGGUGAGCAAGAUGAGGAUGGCCAUGGUGAACACGCCCCUGGCCAUGAGGGUCCUGCCUCUUGCCCCCUCUGCAGGCAACAUGGGCAUGGCCCCUGCCAGCAACAAAACCGAGGACCAAGUGAGGCACCUGCUGCUGCAAGCAGACCCCAGGAAGAUGUUCCCGGAGCUGAAGGAAAACCUGAUGGACAACCUGAAGACCCUGAAGAACACCAUGACUGGUGGGGACUGGAAGUCCUUUGAAUCCUGGAUGCACAAGUGGCUGCUGUUUGAAAUGGCCAAGAACGCCAAGCCAGAGGAGCAUAAGGCGAUCCCAGCUGAGAAAGUGCAAACUAAGUGCCAGGCGGAGGCCAAUUCUGGGGGUGUCCGGCCAGGUCACUUCCACCCGCAGUGCGAUGAGAACGGCGACUACCUGCCCAAGCAGUGCAAUGCCGCCACGGGCUACUGCUGGUGCUCCUACAAAAAUGGCACCAAGAUUGAGGGCACUGCCACUCGGGAAAAGCUGGACUGCCCCGAUGCCGCUGCUGCCGCCACCGCCGCCACCAUGGAGCCAGAGGAGAUGAUCUUCUCUGGGGUGGACAUGCUCAAGCUGGGUGCUGAGAAAGCAGCUCCAUAGAAGAGGACAUCAGUGGAUGCCUGUUUCCUCUUCAGCAUCCCAGCUCCCAUGGUUUUUUGUUUCUCUAUUUCAUUUCUGCUUUUACAUUGCUUUCUGAGACAAUUAACAGCGGGAACCCCUGUGUGCUCCUGCCCCUCAAGGCAUCGGUUGUGGCCCUUCCCCUGCUGCAGGGCACCAGAGAGGGCUGCAGCUGCCAUCAGGAUCAGUGCUAGAGACAAAGUGUUCCCUCAAAGGGUGGGUAAAGCAGGCUGGAAAGUCAUUUCAACGAUGUCAGACCCAUAAAUCCUGUUCCCUUUUGCUCAUCGGAAUCCCGCAGCACCCAGGCCACGGCAAGUUCAGAGCUCACCCCUGCUGAAGAACGAGCCACUAAUGCUUUCUUACACUGAACAAACAUUAAAAGCAGCAAAACAA